CCACCUGAGCUGCGCGCUGCAGUGUACACAGACAAGAUGGCAGCUUCAGUGGAAGACGAGUUUGAAGACGCGCCCGACGUGGAGCCGUUAGAUCCAACGCUGAAGAACAUCAUCGAGCAGAAGUCUUUGAAGUGGAUAUUCGUGGGUGGAAAGGGAGGUGUCGGUAAAACCACAUGCAGUUGCAGUUUGGCCGUGCAGCUGGCUUUGGUCAGGGACAGCGUCCUGAUCAUCUCCACCGAUCCAGCUCAUAACAUCUCCGAUGCUUUUGACCAGAAGUUCUCCAAGGUGCCCACAAAGGUCGUGGGCUAUGACAACCUCUUUGCAAUGGAGAUUGACCCAAGCCUGGGUGUGUCAGAGCUGCCUGAUGAGUUCUUUGAGGAGGACAACAUGCUCAGCAUGGGUAAGAAGAUGAUGCAGGAGGCCAUGAGCGCCUUCCCUGGCAUCGACGAGGCCAUGAGCUACGCGGAGGUCAUGAGGUUAGUGAAAGGCAUGAACUUCUCGGUGGUGGUCUUUGACACGGCCCCAACUGGUCACACACUCCGGCUGCUCAACUUUCCCACCAUCGUGGAGCGCGGUCUGGGCCGCCUCAUGCAGAUAAAGAACCAGAUCAGCCCGUUCAUCUCCCAGAUGUGCAACAUGCUCGGUCUGGGGGACAUGAACGCAGACCAGCUGGCCUCCAAGCUGGAGGAGACGCUGCCGGUCAUCCGCUCCGUCAGUGAGCAGUUCAAAGACCCUGAACAGACCACCUUCAUCUGCGUGUGCAUCGCCGAGUUCCUCUCCCUGUACGAGACGGAGCGGCUCAUCCAAGAGCUGGCCAAGUGCCAAAUCGACACGCACAACAUCAUCGUCAACCAGCUGGUGUUCCCGGAAUCCGAGAGGCCGUGCAAAAUGUGCGAAGCCCGCCACAAAAUCCAGUCCAAAUAUUUAGAUCAGAUGGAGGACCUUUACGAAGACUUCCACAUAGUCAAGUUACCGCUGCUGCCCCAUGAAGUCCGAGGGUCCGACAAGGUCAACCUGUUCUCCAAGCAACUUCUGGAACCCUACAAACCCCCAAACAAGUGAACGGUCUCCCCCUGCAGGACCCCCCCCCCCCCUCCCCCCUCUCUCUCUCUCUCUCGCUCUCUCCCUCCUGCAGACCACACACACCUUUACAGUCUGAACUCACCUCCUCUGAGCUCCCCCCCCCCCCCCCCUCUCUCUCUCUCUCCCCCAACCGGGCCUCAAAUCCUGCAGCAACAGCCUCACGUUGAUAUCCACUCACUCCUCAGUCCGUCAUCCCGAGCAGAGACACCGGGACGCACGUCCUCGUCGAAAAAGGGGAGCCGAUGAAAUCAAACACGCGCGCAUAUGUAACCUUCUAUAUUGUUACAGGAAUUAAGACGGUACAGAUUUGUGCCGCCUUACUUUUCAGUUCACCUCCACUUUCCUUCAUGUGGGGCAGUUGGACUUUUCCUACUUGAAGCAUUCAUUUUUCUCUCUCUCUCUCCGAAAACAAACCGCCCCCCUCGUCUAUCAUUCCCAAUGUCACGCCUCAGUUGUGAACGCAAAGUGUUUCCAGGAUAAAAACGGCUUUCAGACGGUCGGUGUUCACGCUUUGUUUAUUCUGUGUGGAUUGGUGACUGUAAAUUCUCCAGUUUGACUUUUGACCAAAAAUGUAAUGCAAAUUUAUCUGGAACUGACAUUAAAAAAAAAGACAAGAUUUGGGGUUUGAUGGCAAGGCAAUGAAAAUAUAUAAUUUCCCCCAAAAUAUGAAAUAAGAAAUCCAGAUGGGUCUGUAGAGUUCCCAUGUGUCAAAUGAUUAGAGCAUGACCCUGGUGUAAAUUCAGUAACCUAAUGUCAAUGAAAUUCAAGUUGGGAUUUUUAUUUAUAUAUAUAUAUGGCGAUGUCAUUGUUUGAACUGGACGGUCUUAACGGCUUCCGUUAUAUAUUUUCGGCCACCGCGGCUGCUUCAGGUGGCGUUUCGGUCGGAGGCGACGGCAGUUUGGUGAGAUUCAAAAUGUGUGAAUGUGGAAGAUAAAGUAAAGUCACAGCUGAAGUGCCGCUUCCCGCCAGGUCCCCCAUACAAACGCUCGGUCAAACAUUCUGUGUCCACCCCGUUUACGGACGGCUGUCUGGGAGCACGAUUGAAAGACAUUAGCAGCCUUAUUCUUAGUGCAUUGUUAAUAAUAAAUAUAUUGAAUGUAGCUCGAGUUUGUUUCCAGGGGAAUCACAGCUUCCUUCGCUCUGGUGAUUUACAUCCUGGACUCUUGAUUGGUUAACAGGUUGUUACAUCCUGAAGGAAAACGCAUAAUUAACCCCCUGCCCUUUCCUGUCACUGGAUGCUUUUUGGUUCAAUAAUCUGUUUUCUAUAGAUUUUCUUUUAUGUUGCGAGUGUUAAUUAAAAAACUAAAAUGGCCUCA